CCUGCCCUGUUGUGGUGUACUUACUCUAACGCGGCUGACUAUGUUAUUGCUAUGGACAACCAGCUGCACGUGAUGCUGCUACUGCUUACUGCAAUGUGUGGGUCAAUGUCAACGGUGCAAGAGUGCGGCACCAGUGUACGUCGUUCUCGUCAACCUCGUGUGGGUUCUUUAGGGCGCAUAAUACGGGGGAAACAAAGUGUACGCGGUGCCUGGCCUUGGCAGGUGUCCUUGCAACUGCUUCAUCCCCAAUUUGGAUUUCUUGGUCACUGGUGCGGCGGUGUUCUGAUAUCUUCGGAAUGGUUACUAACAGCAGCGCAUUGUAUCAGCAACGAUUUAUUUAAUUUGCCUUUACCUGCUUUAUGGACAGCAGUUUUAGGCGAUUGGGAUCAAGACGUUGAAGAAUAUUCGGAGCAAAGGAUUCAAAUUGAGAAGAUAAUUUUACACGAACGAUUUCACAAUUUCCAGCAUGAUAUCGCGUUAAUGAAACUUUCUCAACCAGUAAAACUAAUCGCAGGUAGUAGAAUUCGAUCAGUUUGCUUGCCAUCUAAAAGGAUUACUCAUAAUCAGACUGAUUUGUGCAUUGCAACUGGUUGGGGAAGGGACUCUGAAGAUGGACCUUUGUCAUCAAAGCUGUUAGAGUCGCGAGUACCUGUGCACGAUAACGCGGUCUGCAGAAAGAAGUACCAGCACGCUGUGAACAUCCGUUCAGGUCACUUGUGCGCUGGUCAUCUAGACGGAUCCAGCGGCACGUGUGUGGGUGAUUCUGGUGGACCCCUUCAAUGCGCAUCUACCGAUGGUAAAUGGGUGUUAGUGGGUAUAACGUCGUUCGGUUCGGGUUGUGCAAAACCAGGAUAUCCUGACGUAUACACCAGACUUUCCUAUUACGUGCCAUGGAUCAAAUCUAAAAUUAAAAGAACGUUCCUCAGCAAUUAGACUCGUUAAGUUACUAAUAUCACUAUUUAUUUGUAACAUAUUUUUACAAAAAAAGUACAAAACUACUUCUUUAAACAAAUUAAGUAUUUCUAAAUCAGUCUUUCAAUAACAAAAAUAAAAACUUUAAACGCUA